AUGUUCCCAAUGAAAGAUCACUCAGCUCUUGAACAACAUACUCUCAGCAGAGAUGAGUUAAGACGUCGCAAGGGUUACAAGAAAGGACUGCAGUUGUCAAUUUUGUUACUUGGAGAAAAAGGCAGCGGCAAAUCAACGUUUUUAAACAAUCUGUGCGGUCAGGAUAUAUCGCUUUCUGAUGGGGAUUAUGAUGAUGAUGAUGAUAAAGUGACAAAUAAUGUAACACCAGAAAAUGGAAACGCCAUCGAAGAUAUAGAUCCUGGAUAUAAAACAGCCCAUUUGAGUCCUGGGCUGAAGCUUGUCACCAGAAGAGUGUAUUUGAACGAUGAACUAGGCGUACCCAUAACAUUAGAUAUCAUAUUGUUUCCAGGCUGCGGUGACAAUGUCGACAAUUCACAAAGCUCUGUUGUUAUAAAAAACUACUUAGACCAACAGUUUGCAAAUGUUUUAAAAGAAGAGGUCAGAAUAAAGAGAAACACAAAAGAAACUGAUGGGAGGCCUCAUGUUUGUUUAUACUUUCUGAAGAGUACUCCAAGAGGAGUCAAAAAAUUUGAUAUUGAGUUAAUGAAAACGAUUUGUGAUAAAGUUAAUUUAAUUCCCAUUAUUCCAAAAGCCGAUGGUCUCACAGAAACUGAAUUAAAUUUACACAAAGACAUUGUGCGCCAAGAAAUCUCUCAGAACAAUAUACGUGUUUUUGAUUUUAAAAGUGACACCCUAGGCGAAACAUUAGCUCUGUACGAUAUGGACAUCGAUUCCAGUUCAGCAAAAUCCAAAUACGAUAAUGACACGAAGAUCAAGGAAAUAUCGCCAUUUGCCAUUGUUUGCAGCAAAACUUUUAAUAAAAAUUCGGAAAAUAGGGUUGAGCAUAUCAGAACGUACGAAUGGGGUAGCUUGGUGGUCGAAGACCAAAACACCUCCGAUUUUAUAUACUUAAAAGCAAUACUGUUAGGUUCUCACCUUCAGGAAUUAAAAGAUGUAACAAACAACGUAUUGUAUGAAAAUUAUAGGGCUAAAGUGUUAACUGAGAAGAAAAACAACUAUGAUAUUCCAAACUAUAGCUAUAUCGACGAAACCUCAAGGGGAAGUGUCAGCAAUGUUUCCACCAGAAGAAAUAGUGCAAGUAGAACACUUGGGAAUCCAGAUACAAACGAUGAAAAUGCUUAUCAAAUACACAAAGAAAUAGACGAAAAAAACAGAAUUAUUGAAGACUAUCAAAGGAAGAUUGAUUUAUUGGAGAAAAUGUUGGCAGCUCCCCAUCAAAAUAAGGUCUAA